UAUAUCGCUCAACUACACUCUCUAUAGAGCCCUCUCUCUCUCUCUCUCUCUCUCUCUCUCUCUGUGAAAAGCUCACAAAAGUAAAAAUUGGUGACUUUUCAGUUAUCAGCAAAAUUCAACAGUAAUAGAUCGUACAAUGUAAAUUUCUGAGUGGCUUUCAGUAGUGUGAAAAUCGAAUUGGAUUGCUUUCAUGGAUGUCGACAUGGAUGAUCAAGUCUCGAUCUCCAAGAAACUCAAGCACGACGAGGUUCUAUGUGAUGUAAUGGAUGUUGAAAGUGUUCUAGAGCCCUCUGAAGUUUUGAUUGGUCAUGAAAAAGCUGACGCAUGUUCCAAGGGAAAAUCAAAAGUAGGUUAUGAUGAUACAUGGCCACAUCACAUUAAGGAUGCUUCAUCAUGUAAUCCUGGGAUUUCUACUAGCGUAGCAGGAUCUGUUGAUAGUGUUGAUCAUCUAAAGAGUUCCAAUUCUGGAUCAAUUAAUAUAAACAAUAUCAACAGUUCCAAUUCUGACUUAUCAUAUCAUGAUGAUGAAAUUUGUGAUGAUGGUGGUGAUUAUGUUGAUGAUAAUUCUGAUUAUGAUGCCAAUGAUGACUACUUGUAUGAAGAUGAUUAUUUGGCUAUCCAAUCUCAAUUUGAUAAUGUGGAUCUUCCACCUGGAAUAGAGGCAUCACUUCCUUGGCUGAAGGAUCCUGCUCCUUCUGGAAUUGUCACAUCAGGUACAAGCAAUUCAACUAUUGCAGAUCUUUUUGAAAGCAAGGGGAAGGAUGCUGCAUCAGGUAUUGCUGAAACAAAAAGGACAUUAAUUACUUCCAGUUGUUCUGGAAAUAGAAGUCCAGCAGAAGCUACAAGUAGUUCUGCAGUUACUGCAGAAUCGAGUUCUAAUGGGGAAGUCAUAGACAAUGAAGAAAAUGGUAUCAUUCGAAAAUUUAAGAACUUUAAACAAUUUGAUACUGUGGAAGAUUUCUCAGAUCAUCACUAUAGCCGUAUGGGCUUCUCAGGGCAGCAGCAGCCCAAGAGUUGGGCGAAGAGAAUUCAAGAGGAAUGGAAAAUUUUGGAGAAGGACUUACCAGAUACAAUAUCUGUUAGAGUUUAUGAAGCAAGGAUGGAACUUUUGAGGGCUGUCAUUAUAGGACCUGCUGGUACUCCUUAUCAUGAUGGCCUUUUUGUCUUUGACUGUCUCUUCCCCCCUAACUAUCCUGAUACACCUCCGAUGGUCUACUACUAUUCAGGUGGGCUUCGAUUGAAUCCGAAUUUGUAUGAAUGUGGGAAAGUCUGCCUCAGCCUUUUGGGAACAUGGAGUGGGAAACAGAAUGAGAUGUGGAUCCCAGGGACGUCAACCAUGCUUCAAGUUUUGGUUUCUAUUCAAGCUCUCAUUCUUAAUGCAAAGCCCUUCUUUAAUGAGCCUGGAUAUGAAUCAUCUUAUGUUGGUGUGGAGGGGGAUAGAAGAUCCAGGAAGUACAAUGAGGAUGUGUUUAUCUUAUCUUUGAAGACAAUGAUGUACACACUUCGAAGGCCGCCCAAGUAUUUUGAAGAUUAUGUCAUUGGUCAUUUUCACAUGCGUGCAUGUGAUAUUCUGGUAGCAUGUAGAGCAUAUAUGGAUGGUGCUACAGUGGGUUCUGUUGCAGUAAAAGAUGGAGUAGCUGACAUUGAUAACGCCGACAGGAGUGCCUCCAGUGAAUUUAAAGUAACACUAAGAAAGAUGGUAAAUGUUCUGAUUACAACCUUCACUAGACUUGGGUCAAUAGAAUGUGAGCAGUUUCGAAUUAAUGACUAAAAUGAAAUUAAAAAGAAGCUGAAAGCAGGGGGAGGAGAGGGAGGAAAGUACAGUGGGGUCGCAAAGCCACGAUGGGGCUGAUAUAGAGUGGGUCAUGGAAGGCCUUUUUUAUCAGAGUUUUUGACAAAUUAGGCUGGACCGUGCCAGUUUAAGAAGUCUACUCGCUUUUUUAUUCUAGGGUGUUGAUGUUACCACGGUGACUACUGGAUUUAGAGUUGUUCUUUCUUUCUUUCUUUUUUUUUUUUUUCACGGUAGCUGAUUAAAAUGGGUACUCGGGGUUUCUUGUCCAUAUACAUUAUUGAAAAGCAAUUAGCAUAGUGGAUUUAUUUUGGGUUGUAACUUAAAUGUUAUAAUGCUUUAAAUAGGUCUUUUGUUUUGCAGUUGUUCAUUUUCGAUAAUGAUAUACUAAUAAUAGCUGGAUACUGAAGUAGAUUAUUGUACAGAAUGGUCAUAACAUGUUUUGAGUUUUAAUUUUGAAAUAGCUUCUAUUUUUUCA